AGGGGCAAUGCGUCUGUUUGUGCUACACAGGACGUAAGACGGGAAGGAAUGGUGUUGUUUUUGUCUCCUUUUGCCUUAGUAAAGACUGUUUUUGGAGGGUAGACUCUACAGACUGGCUGUAUAUCCACAUCACCACAGAGAAUGGAUACCAGCGGGGCUAAAGUGCUGGAGUCGGCUGACGACAUCCAGGAGCGCCGGCAGCAGGUGCUGGACCGCUACCGACGCUUCAAGGAACUGUCGAUGGUGCGCCGCCAGAAACUGGAAGACUCCUAUCGCUUCCAGUUCUUCCGCCGUGAUGCAGAUGAGCUGGAGAAGUGGAUCCAGGAGAAACUGCAGAUUGCUUCGGAUGAGAAUUACAAGGACCCCACCAAUCUGCAGGGUAAGCUCCAGAAACACCAGGCCUUUGAGGCAGAAGUGCAGGCCAACGCCGGAGCGAUCAUCAAACUGGACGACACUGGCAACCUUAUGAUUACAGAGGGCCACUUUGCCUCUGAGACCAUACGUACUCGCCUGGAGGAGCUGCACCGCCUGUGGGAUCUGCUGCUGCAGAAGACCAAGGAGAAGGGUGUGCGUCUGCUGCAGGCCCAGAAGUUGGUGCAGUACUUGCGGGAGUGUGAGGAUGCCCUGGACUGGAUCAGUGAUAAGGAGGCCAUGGCCACCUCGGAGGAGCUGGGCCAAGACCUGGAGCAUGUGGAGGUGCUCCAGAAGAAGUUUGAGGAGUUCCAGACGGACUUGGCGGCCCACGAGGAGAGGGUGAAUGAGGUUAACCAGCUGGCGGCCAAACUCACCCAGGAGACCCACCCCGAGGCUGAGCUCAUUGUCAGGAAGCAGGAUGAAGUCAACGCUGCCUGGCAGAGGCUCAAGGGCCUGGCCCAGCAGAGGCAGGGCAGGCUCUUUGGUGCUGCAGAGGUGCAGCGCUUCAACAGGGAUGUGGAUGAGACCAUCAGCUGGAUCAAGGAAAAAGAGCAACUCAUGGCAUCUGAUGACUUUGGUCGUGACUUGGCUAGCGUCCAGGCCCUUCUUCGCAAGCACGAGGGUCUGGAGAGAGACCUGGCUGCCCUCGAGGACAAGGUGAACACCCUGGGAGGAGAAGCAGAGCGCCUGCAGCAGACCCAUCCGCAGAAUGCCUCUCAGAUCCACCUGAAGAGAGACGAGCUCAUCACUAACUGGGAGCAGAUCCGCACACUGGCCGCCGAGCGUCAUGCCCACCUCAACGACUCCUACAGGCUACAGCGCUUCACCGCCGACUUCCGUGACCUGACCAGCUGGGUGACAGAGAUGAAGGCUCUGAUCAAUGCUGAUGAGCUGGCCAACGAUGUGGCUGGAGCCGAGGCCCUCCUUGACCGCCACCAGGAACACAAGGGGGAGAUUGAUGCCCAUGAGGACAGCUUCAAAUCCACGGACGAGGCUGGCCAGGCCCUACUUAACACCGGACAUUAUGCCUCUGAUGAGGUGAAGGAGAAGCUCGGGGUGCUGACGGAGGAGAAGGAGUCCCUGCUGGAGCUGUGGGAGGUGCGCAGGCAGCAGUACGAGCAGUGCAUGGACCUGCAGCUCUUCUACAGGGACACGGAGCAGGUGGACAACUGGAUGAGCAAACAGGAGGCGUUCCUCCUGAACGAGGAUUUGGGAGACUCCCUGGACAGUGUGGAGGCCCUCCUGAAGAAACACGAGGACUUUGAGAAGUCCCUCAGCGCCCAGGAGGAGAAGAUCACUGCUUUGGAUGAAUUUGCCACCAAGUUGAUCCAAAACAAUCACUAUGCCAAGGAGGAUGUGGCCACGCGUAGAGACGCUCUGUUGAGCCGUCGGAACACCCUGCAUGAGCGCGCCCAGUCUCGCCGUGCUGCCCUGGAGGACUCCUUCCACCUGCAGCAGUUCUUCCGCGACUCUGACGAGCUCAAGAGCUGGAUCAAUGAGAAGAUGAAGACCGCCACUGAUGAGGCAUACAAGGACCCCUCCAACCUGCAAGGCAAGGUUCAGAAGCACCAAGCUUUUGAGGCCGAGCUCUCUGCCAACCAGAGCCGCAUCGAUGCCCUCCAGAAGUCGGGACAGGAGCUGCUGGAUGGAAAGCACUACGCCUCAGACGAGGUGGCAGCCCGCAUGGAGGAGGUCAGCUCCCAGUGGAAGAAGCUGCUGGAAGCCACUGAACUCAAAGGCAUCAAGCUGCGUGAGGCCAACCAGCAGCAGCAGUUCAACAGGAAUGUGGAGGACAUCGAGCUGUGGCUGUACGAGGUGGAGGGUCACCUGGCCUCCGAUGACUAUGGCAAAGACCUGACCAGCGUCCAGAACCUGCAGAAGAAACACGCUCUGCUUGAGGCAGACGUGGCUGCACACCAGGACCGUAUCGACGGCAUCACCAUCCAGGCGCGUCAGUUCCAAGAGGCAGGGCACUUUGACGCCGACAACAUCCGCAAGAAGCAGGAGGCCCUGGUGGUGCGCUAUGAGGCGCUGCGCGAGCCCAUGGCGGCCCGCAAGCAGAAGCUGUCUGACUCGCUGCGUCUGCAGCAGCUCUUCCGGGAUGUGGAGGACGAGGAGACAUGGAUCAGGGAGAAGGAGCCCAUCGCCGCUUCCACCAACAGAGGCAAAGACCUGAUUGGUGUCCAGAACCUGUUGAAGAAGCACCAGGCCCUGCAGGCUGAGAUAUCAGGCCAUGAGCCCCGCAUCAAGGCAGUCAGCCAGAAGGGAGACGCCAUGGUUGAGGAAGGUCACUUUGCUGGAGAAGAGGUCAAGGUAAAGUUAGGGGAGCUGAAUGGCCGGUGGGAAACCCUUAAAGGCAAGGCCUUCCAGCGCAGGCAGGAUCUGGAAGACUCCCUGCAGGCACAGCAGUACUUUGCUGAUGCCAAUGAGGCUGAGUCUUGGAUGAGGGAGAAGGAGCCCAUCGUCGGAAGCCCCGACUAUGGCAAGGAUGAGGACUCUGCCGAGGCCUUGCUUAAGAAACACGAGGCGCUGAUGUCUGACCUGAGUGCCUACGGUAGCAGCAUCCAGGGUCUGAAGGAGCAGGCCCAGUCUUGCAGGCAACAAGUGGCACCUACUGAUGAUGAGACUGGAAAGGAACUGGUCCUGGCUCUGUAUGACUACCAGGAGAAGAGCCCCCGUGAGGUCACCAUGAAGAAGGGAGACAUCCUCACUCUCCUCAACAGCACCAACAAGGACUGGUGGAAGGUGGAGGUCAACGACCGGCAGGGCUUUGUCCCUGCUGCCUAUGUCAAGAAGCUGGAUCCCACCCAGUCCUCUUCCAGGGAGAACCUUCUGGAUGAGCAGGGCAGCAUUGCUCUGCGUCAGGAUCAGAUUGAGAACCAGCUGGUCACCAAGGAGACGUGCAGCGUGUCUGUACGCAUGAAGCAGGUGGAGGAACUGUACGGCACUCUCAUGGAGUUGGGUGAGAAGCGCAAGGACAUGCUUGAGAAGAGCUGCAAGAAGUUCAUGCUGUUCAGAGAGGCCAACGAGCUGCAGCAGUGGAUCAACGAGAAGGAGGGCGCCCUCACCAACGAGGAGGUGGGCUCCGACCUGGAACAGGUGGAGGUGCUGCAGAAGAAGUUUGACGACUUCCAGAAGGACCUGAAGGCCAACGAGUCUCGCCUGAGGGACAUCAAUAAGGUGGCGUCUGAGCUGGAGUCAGAAGGGCUCAUGGCAGAGGAGGCACCCAUGGUGCAGGCCCAGCAACAAGAGAUGUUGGGUUCGGCUCCUGGCAAAGACGAAGCCGAUUCCAAGAACGCCUCUCCGUGGAAGAAUGUACGAUUGGCUGUUCAAACGACUGCUAACUUUAAUACUAUUAAGGAGCUGAACAAUCGCUGGAGGUCUUUGCAGCAGCUGGCAGAGGACAGAAGCAAUAUGCUCGGGAGUGCUCAUGAAGUGCAGAGGUUUCAUAGGGAUGCGGAUGAGACUAAGGAGUGGAUCGAGGAGAAAAACCAAGCCCUUAACACUGACAACUAUGGCCAUGACCUGGCCAGUGUUCAGGCCCUGCAGCGCAAGCACGAGGGCUUUGAGAGGGACCUGGCUGCCCUUGGAGAUAAGGUAAACUCUCUGGGGGAAACGGCGGAGCGCUUGAUCCAAUCCCACCCCGAAGCGGUAGAUGACAUCCAGGAGAAGUGCACCGAGUUGAACACCGCCUGGAGCAGCCUUGUGGGUCGCGCUGACCAGCGCAAAGACAAGCUGGGAAAUUCCCAUGACCUGCAGCGGUUCCUCUCCGACUUUAGAGACUUGAUGUCCUGGAUCAAUGGCAUCCGUGGCCUGGUGUCAUCUGAGGAGCUGGCUAAGGAUGUGACCGGAGCCGAGGCCUUGCUGGAGAGACACCAGGAACAUCGUACAGAGAUUGACGCCCGUGCUGGCACCUUCCAAGCCUUCGAGCAGUUUGGCCAGCAGCUGCUGGCGCGGGGACACUACGCCAGCCCAGAGAUCCAGCAGAAGCUGGAGGCUCUGGACCGUGAGCGUGCCGACCUGGAGAAGGCCUGGGUGCAGCGGCGCAUGAUGCUGGACCAGUGUCUGGAGCUCCAGCUGUUCAACAGGGACUGUGAGCAGGCGGAGAACUGGAUGGCUGCCCGCGAGGCUUUCCUGGCCAGUGAUGACAAGGGAGACUCCCUGGACAGCGUGGAGGCCCUCAUCAAGAAACACGAGGACUUUGACAAGGCCAUCAAUGUGCAGGAGGAGAAGAUAGCAGCGCUGCAGUCCUUCGCCGACCAGCUGGUUGGAGCUGACCACUACGCCAAACCUGAGAUCUUCAACCGCCGGAACGAGGUUCUGGAUAGGUGGCGCCGUCUGAAGGCUCAGAUGAUUGAGAAGCGUUCCAAGCUGGGUGAGUCACAGACCCUGCAGCAGUUCAGCAGGGAUGUGGAUGAGAUCGAGGCUUGGAUCAGUGAGAAGCUGCAGACCGCCACGGACGAAUCCUAUAAAGAUCCCACCAACAUCCAGCUGUCCAAACUGCUGAGCAAGCAUCAGAAACACCAGGCCUUUGAGGCAGAACUGCAUGCCAAUGCAGACCGUAUCCGGGGGGUCAUUGACACCGGCAACGCCCUCAUCCAGAGAGGCGCCUGCGCCGGAAGUGAAGAUGCUGUCAAGGUACGCCUUAAUGCACUGGAUGAGCAGUGGCAGUUCCUGGUGAACAAGUCAGCAGAGAAGAGUCAGAAGCUGAAAGAAGCUAACAAGCAGCAGAACUUCAAUACUGGUAUCAAGGACUUUGACUUCUGGCUCUCUGAGGUGGAGGCCCUUCUUGCAUCUGAGGAUUAUGGCAAGGAUCUGGCCUCGGUCAACAACUUGCUGAAAAAACAUCAGCUUCUGGAAGCAGACAUAUCUGCCCAUGAAGAUCGCUUAAAGGACCUGAACGGCCAGGCUGAUAGCCUGAUGGGCAGCAUCGCCUUUGACACCACACAAGUAAAGGACAAGCGUGACGCCGUCAAUGUCCGCUUCACCAAGAUCAAGAGCAUGGCAGCUGGACGCCGCGCCAAGCUGAACGAGUCGCACCGCCUGCACCAGUUCUUCAGGGACCUGGAUGACGAGGAGUCUUGGAUCAAAGAGAAGAAAUUGCUAGUAAGUUCGGAGGACUAUGGACGUGAUUUGACUGGAGUGCAGAAUCUGAGGAAGAAGCACAAGAGGCUGGAGGCUGAGUUGGGGGCCCAUGAGCCAGCCAUUCAGUCUGUGCUGGAUACAGGGAAGAAGUUGUCUGAUGACAACACCAUUGGCCAGGAGGAAAUCCAGCAGAGGCUAGCUCAGUUUGUGGACCAUUGGAAGGAGUUAAAGGACUUUGCUGCAGCUAGAGGACAGAGGUUGGAGGAGUCGCUGGAAUACCAGCAGUUUGUGGCGAAUGUAGAAGAAGAGGAAGCCUGGAUUAACGAGAAAUUGAACUUGGUAGGAAGCGAAGACUAUGGGGAUACGCUGGCUGCUGUACAGGGCCUGUUGAAGAAGCAUGAGGCAUUUGAGACCGACUUCACCGUGCACAGGGAUAGAGUGAACGAUGUGUGCUCUAAUGGGGAUGAGCUCAUCAACAAGAAUAACCACCAUGUGGACAACAUUAGUGCCAAGAUGAAGGCUCUGAGAGGCAAAGUGACUGAGCUGGAGCGAGCGGCUGCCCAAAGGAAGGCCAAGCUGGAUGAGAACUCAGCUUUCCUGCAGUUCAACUGGAAAGCUGAUGUGGUGGAGUCCUGGAUCGGGGAGAAGGAGAACAGCCUGAAGACUGAUGACUAUGGCAGGGACCUGUCCUCUGUACAGACCCUCCUUACCAAACAGGAGACAUUUGAUGCAGGCUUGCAGGCCUUCCAACAGGAGGGCAUCACCAACAUCACAGCCCUCAAGGAUCAGCUGCUGGCUGCCAAGCACGUGCAGUCCAAGGCUAUUGAAGCACGCCACGCUGCCCUCAUGAAGCGUUGGAACCAUCUGCUCUCCAACUCGUCAGCCCGUAAGAAGAAGCUGUUGGAGGCCCAGGAGCACUUCCGGAAGGUGGAAGACCUGUUCCUUACCUUCGCCAAGAAAGCCUCAGCUUUCAACAGCUGGUUUGAGAAUGCAGAGGAAGACCUGACGGACCCGGUGCGCUGCAAUUCUCUGGAGGAGAUCAAGGCCCUCCGUGAAGCACACGAAGCCUUCCGCUCCUCGCUCAGCUCAGCACAGGCCGACUUCAACCAGUUGGCCGAGCUGGACCGACAGAUCAAAAGCUACCAGGUGGUGUCCAACCCAUACACCUGGUUCACUAUGGAGGCCCUGGAGGAGACCUGGAGGAACCUUCAGAAGAUUAUCAAGGAAAGAGAGCUGGAGCUGCAGAAGGAGCAGAGGAGGCAGGAGGAAAACGACAAGCUGCGGCAGGAGUUUGCGCAGCACGCCAAUGCAUUCCACCAGUGGCUGCAGGAGACCAGGACGUAUCUUCUGGAUGGAAUAGCCUACCGUCGAGUUAUCCAAGUUUAUCAGUAUGAAGUCGGUGAUGAUCUUUCUGGAAGGUCAUGUAUGGUAGAAGAGUCUGGAACUUUGGAGUCGCAACUUGAGGCAACCAAGCGUAAGCACCAGGAAAUUAGGGCCAUGCGUAGCCAGCUGAAGAAAAUAGAAGACCUGGGGGCAGCCAUGGAAGAGGCUCUGAUCCUGGACAACAAGUACACUGAGCACAGCACGGUGGGCCUGGCCCAGCAGUGGGACCAGCUGGACCAGCUGGGCAUGAGGAUGCAGCACAACCUGGAGCAGCAGAUCCAGGCCAGAAACACCACUGGAGUGACAGAGGAGGCCCUGAAAGAGUUCAGCAUGAUGUUCAAGCACUUUGACAAGGAGAAGUCUGGCCGUUUGAACCACCAGGAGUUCAAAUCGUGUCUUCGCUCCCUGGGAUAUGACUUACCCAUGGUGGAGGAGGGAGAGCCAGACCCAGAAUUUGAGUCCAUACUAGAUACAGUGGAUCCCAACAGGGAUGGCAACGUGUCAUUGCAGGAGUAUAUGGCCUUCAUGAUUAGCCGUGAAACUGAGAACGUCAAAUCCAGCGAGGAGAUCGAGAGCGCCUUCCGAGCCCUCAGUGCGGAAAACAAACCUUUUGUCACAAAGGAAGAGCUGUACCAGAACUUGACCAAGGAACAGGCGGACUAUUGCAUUUCUCACAUGAAACCCUUCCUAGACAGCAAGGGGCGUGAGAUGCCAUCGGCCUUCGACUUUGUCGAAUUCACCCGCUCACUUUUUGUCAAUUGAUCCUUCCUCUUGCCUGCCAGUGACUAAUCGGGAUGCGUUUGUCCCCCACACUCAAUUACACGGCUGAAACUGCAUGAAUCUGACACUAGAAUAUAGUAUAGUUCAGUAACUACCUACUUAUCCAAGUCUUUCACUCUUUGUGCUUCAAUGAUAGCUUAGUGGUUAAGUCUGCAUUUUAAUGUGGUUAUUUUAGCUUGUGCUUUGCUGGAUUUAAGAAACCUUAUAGACACAGUAAUGCUGUAACAUCACCGUAUAAACUGCAGUGCUUUAAUAAACGCGACUGGUUAUAACUGGAAA